AUGACCGCCUCAUUCCCCCGCCGCCACUCCGCCAAUCCGUCGCCCGAUCCCGUGAGCUCUCCCCUUCCGCCCCUGCCGCACCGGUUUCACUGCGCAUUCUUCCCCGCGUCCCUUCCGCAACCCCCCUCUCCUCACCUCUCCGCUUCCCCCCCGCGCAUCGUCGAAAUUGUAGUCCGUUGCAGGUCGUCGCGUGGCGAGGGGCCGCGAAGGUUUCGCAGCCUCGCCGUUACUGUCGCCGCCGUCGCUUGUUCAAUCGCAGUCGCCUCGUCGCGCGGCGACGCGGGACUCCGGGGUUCGCAGGCGGGGCGCGGCGGAUCGGGGAUUGGCGGAACCCGCGGCGGUAGUGCGCGGGCGGGAGGGCUAUCGGGGGAGCGCAGGGGGUAUUGGCGUCGGGGGAGCGCUUCAAUUGCGCAGCCGCGGGAGCAGCAGGAUGGGCGCGGGGGGAAGCAGCGCGGGCGCGGAUCAGCCCAGCAGCAGGGGAAGCGCGGGUUCGGGGAGCGGGGGAGGCGGGGGGAGGGGCGCGGCGCGGCGGUGGUGGCGGUGGUGGCGGUGGUGGCGGUGCUGGCGCUGACGCCGCUGCUGGCGUUCACGAGCGUGAUGCCGCCGUGGCUGCGCGCACAUGGGGGCGCGCAGACGGAGGGCCAGGUGAGGGGAGAGGGCGAGGUGAGGGAAGACUCCAUGGCGCUGUGCCUCGUCGGGCAGCUGCGAACGUUUGAGCUGACCGGGCCGUCCAUAGCAGCGAAUCUGGUGGGGCGAGAGGGCUACGGGAAGGCAGACGUGUUUGUAGUGACACCCCUCGAUGAGAACUCCGCCAAACUGCUCACCCUCCGGGGCACAGGGGGGCCAGAGGGAGUUGGGGAGGAAAAUGUCCCAAGGCUAGUGUCGGUGCGGGUGUUUCCGGAUUUCAACGUAAACGAGGCACUCUACCCCACACACAUUCUCAAGGGGCUGGAGAACGGUCCACAGGGACUGCUACAGCAGUUCAGCAUGGAAGCCAUGUGCGCCGCUGACAUCGCUGAGAGAGAGCGCCGCUACAGCCGGCGCUACAAGUGGCUCAUGAAGGCCCGCCCGGAUGCGUUCUGGGUGGCGCCGCCCCCUCCGCUGGGCGGCUUGGAGUACCGCAGCUUGACUGCGCCGCCCGGGCUGGAUUUUGGGGGGGUGAACGACAGGCUGGCGGUGGUGCCGCGGGCGGCGGGCCGGGCGGCGUUUGCUCGGCUGCACAUGCUGGGGGCUGUGAGCGAGGGCUCCAUCGAACCUGGCAAGCAGGUCGAGAAAACAGCAUCCAACCUUCACCCCUCUCUCCCCGGCGCGCCCCUGCACAUCACCCACUACAGGCGGGUGAACGCGGAGUCGAUGUACGCGCGCAUACUGCAGCACCUGAACGUGACAGUGACGCGCGCGCCCUUCCCCUUCUGCCUCGUGUCGCACCACCGAUUCUUCCGCAUGCUCGCCCUGCCCAACCUCCGCAACCACCGCGGGGGGGACUACUGCCGGCCCUGCCACCACGAGGCGCCGCCCAACCCCUUCUGCGAGCAGACGGGGCCGUGGCCGGCGGACUGGCCGGCGCUGUUCGACCAGCAUGUGCCGGCACGGCUGGCGGCGGGGCGGCGCGCGGUGGUGGCUGCGGUGGAGGGCGGUAGAGAGGGGUGUGAGGCGCAGGUGGCACAGUUGGUUCAUGUGCUCCUCACAUGCUCCUCACAUGCUCCUCACAUGCUCCUCACAUGCUCCUCACAUGCUCCUCACAUGCUCCUCACAUGCUCCUCACAUGCUCCUCACAUGCUCCUCACAUGCUCCUCACAUGCUCCUCACAUGCUCCUCACAUGCUCCUCACAUGCUCCUCACAUGCUCCUCACAUGCUCCUCACAUGCUCCUCACAUGCUCCUCACAUGCUCCUCACAUGCUCCUCACAUGCUCCUCACAUGCUCCUCACAUGCUCCUCACAUGCUCCUCACAUGCUCCUCACAUGCUCCUCACAUGCUCCUCACAUGCUCCUCACAUGCUCCUCACAUGCUCCUCACAUGCAUCCCUCUCCCCGUUUCUCACUUCUCACCUCUCAUGCUUUCCCUCCUCCCACUGGCGUGUGCUUCCCCCCCUAAUCCCCUGCCUUUUGUGAUUCAGCUGUCUCUCGAGGUUCGGCGCCGAACCAACCCAUCAGCCUCGUUGACAGCCCCACCUGCUGGCCAUGCUUCCAUCACCCCUCAACACCAACAAGCAUCAGCGUCCAACCCCUCCGGCCAAGCCUCCCUGUGGCAACGCUUGCUGGGACGCCUGGGAGGGAGGCCAAUUGCGAGUGGGUUAGACCAAGGGGGAAAGGAAGAGGAGCAAGCAGCAGCUGAGGCGGAGGCUGCAGAGGCUGCGUGGAGGGAGGCAGCGUGGAGGGAGGGGUGGAGGGCGCCGGCAGCGGCGGUGCUGUGUGUGCGGCAUGGGCUGGGGAAGGCGUUGGUGUUUGGUGCGUCUGGCACGGGGCGGGCUGGCAGCUGGUGUGCCUUCCACUCCCACCUGCUUGCUCUCAACCACAGGUGCGUGCUUGCUCUCAACCACAGGUGCGUGCUUGCUCUCAACCACAGGUGCGUGCUUGCUUCCUUGGAUAUGGACAGGCGCACUGCACCUCACUGCGAUCUGCCACGGGGCGGGCUGGCAGCUGGUGUGCCUUCCACUCCCACCUGCUUGCUCUCAACCACAGGUGGGCAGCCUGCUUGCUCUCAACCACAGGUGGGCAGCCUGCUUGCUCUCAACCACAGGUGGGCAGCCUGCUUGCUCUCAACCACAGGUGCGUGCUUGCUCUCAACCACAGGCAAGGCGUUGGUGUUUGGUGCGUCUGGCACGGGGCGGGCUGGCAGCUGGUGUGCCUUCCACUCCCACCUGCUUGCGCUCAACCACAGUUCCUUGUCGCCCUCUCCUUCCCUUCACCCCUUCAACACCUUUAUUCUUUUCGACUCUGUCACCUCCCCCCCUUCCUCUCCCCAUUUCCUCCUCCCCUCCAGCAUCGCCUUGUCCCUGCCUGCCGCGCCCCCCUCCACCGACCUCCUAUGGGACGCCCACCUGCUCUCCGGCCUGCCCUCCAUGCGCCUCCUAAUGCUGCCAAAACCCCCCGCCCAAACUGCCAACGCUGCCGCCCAGCAGCAGUCAGCGGCGGGCGGCAGAGAGGUGGUGGCGGAAUAUGAGGCGGCGUUUGCAGCGGCGGUGCGGCAGAUAAAGGGGGAGGAGGAGGUGGUGGGGAGAGGUGCUGCUGUUGCCAAUGCUGAUGAUAUGCUGAGAGCUGUGGGGGCAUCCAUGCACGUUGACCUGAUUCGAGUGGGAGCGGGGCGUCUACCGGACCUGCAGGCGCUGCUGGCACGUGGGCUGAGCACGUGCCAGCUGCUGGUGGACGUGGAGGGCGCAGGGGAAGGGGUGGUGCAGCAGCUUACGGGCAGGGGUGGAGAGGGGGGUGCUGAUGCUGGGAGGGCUGCUAUGGCCAGGGUAGGUGGGGUGGGAGGGAGGCGGUUGCAGCAGGUGGGGCAGGGGGCACAGCAAGUGGGGGCAGAAGGAGGGGAGCAUGUGGUCGACCAAAGAGGGGCAGACGCAAGUAGAGAGAUAGAGGAACUAGAUGCGUUUUUGCUUCCGGAUGACCCGCUCUUAGCUAAGUGGCGGGGGGAGGCGGUGCUGAGAGAUCUGCAGCGGUGGCUGUCAGGGAGGUCAUUCCAUCUGGACCGGUGUGUGUCGGGGGACGAGGAGAGGGUGGGGCGAUGCACCUUCUUCUCACUCACACACUGCCAGGCUCCCUUGCCAUCUCAGCAAACAACUGGUAGAUAG